AUGGCUCGUUCGUCCCCUUACAUGGCUCGUUCGUCCCCUUACAUGGCUCGUUCGUCCCCUUACAUGGCUCGUUCGUCCCCUUACAUGGCUCGUUCGUCCCCUUACAUGGCUCGUUCGUCCCCUUACAUGGCUCGUUCGUCCCCUUACAUGGCUCGUUCGUCCCCUUACAUGGCUCGUUCGUCCCCUUACAUGGCUCGUUCGUCCCCUUACAUGGCUCGUUCGUCCCCUUACAUGGCUCGUUCGUCCCCUUACAUGGCUCGUUCGUCCCCUUACAUGGCUCGUUCGUCCCCUUACAUGGCUCGUUCGUCCCCUUACAUGGCUCGUUCGUCCCCUUACAUGGCUCGUUCGUCCCCUUACAUGGCUCGUUCGUCCCCUUACAUGGCUCGUUCGUCCCCUUACAUGGCUCGUUCGUCCCCUUACAUGGCUCGUUCGUCCCCUUACAUGGCUCGUUCGUCCCCUUACAUGGCUCGUUCGUCCCCUUACAUGGCUCGUUCGUCCCCUUACAUGGCUCGUUCGUCCCCUUACAUGGCUCGUUCGUCCCCUUACAUGGCUCGUUCGUCCCCUUACAUGGCUCGUUCGUCCCCUUACAUGGCUCGUUCGUCCCCUUACAUGGCUCGUUCGUCCCCUUACAUGGCUCGUUCGUCCCCUUACAUGGCUCGUUCAGUCCCCUAG